GGCCUAUUCAGUUUCGAAAUCGCCCAGACCACAGCGUGAACACCUACAAUGACCACCUCAUCGAAACAAAGCAUCGUCAUAGCCGGUGCCAGCGACGUCGCCAAAUACCUCAUUGAGGAGCUGAUCGCCUCAAACCCGUCCAAUCCACCACAAAUCGGAGUCUUGACUCGUUCGCUCUCCAACCGGCCCUGGUUUACGUCUAACCCUCACAUCUCUCUCCACGUCACCGAGUACUCAGCGCCCUCCAUUCAGUCAAUUCUGAACCAAACCAAAGCCACCGCUCUCUUCUCACUCCUACACUCAAAUGACCCGUCUUUCUACAACACCGCACACGAGGCCAUGUUAACAGCAUGCCGAAACAGCGAUCUCUGCAAACGCUUCGUCCCCUCGGACUACGGCGGCGAUAUCGAUCGUUUCCCAAGUCUCCCUAGAUUCUACGACUCUACGCAUCGCGUGUUCAGGGAGACUAUUUCCAACGAGACAGAGGUUGAGUGGACGUUUGUCAACGGUGGCUGGUUUAUGGACUAUAUCGUCCAGGGAAAUAAGGUCGAUCCGACCAUCGUCCCGUACAAACCGUCUACUCGCGGACCCGCGAAGAGUGCAAAACCCGCUAUGCUGAAUACAGAGCUCGAUACAUCCAAAGUCCGAUCGUAUAUGAAGCCACUUCCGGGUAUCUGGCCACUUGAUCUCGACACAUUCACUGCGACGAAGCUUGGGACAGGCGAGGAGCCGAUCGGAUGGACGUCUGCUCGCGACGUUGCUCGUGCGCUGGUGAAGCUUCUUGAUGCGCCUUCUGGCAGCUGGGAAAAGCAUACGUAUGUUGCUGGGCAGAUUGGGACGUGGAAUGAGGCGAUUGGGAUUGCGGAGGAGUUCUAUGGGAGAAAGUUCGAUGUGACGGAGAAGAUGACGGAGAGUAUUCUUCUGGCAUUGCAGAAUGAGAGCACCUUGGAGCCGGUGGAGCGGGCUGUUGCGUACAUGGAUGAGUGGAAUGUGAUUGGUGCUAGUGCGGUGCCGAUGGAUAGGGUGCUGGAGCAUAGGGAGCGAUUCUUUUCGGGAGUGAAGUUCCGAGGGCUCAGGGAGUUGUUGGAGGAUGCGUUCGUCGGAGAAUCGGAGCAAAUGGUUUGAUAGUUUUGGGGUCGGGUGAAUAUCCCCCUUGUUUGAUAGGAUUCUGUAAAACAUGCCACGCGGCAAUAUGAU